UGUGUGUGUGAGUGCCAGUGGCAUGCCAUAAAUUUACGCUCCCCGAGAGGGUUGCCUGCCUGGCGAAAAGUGACCCCUGCUGGAAUUUGAAGAGAGCGCACAACGCCCCUGCCUUUGCGUUUGUUGUGACCCUUUUUUUUGUUUCGCCGGCAACGAGUGUUUUGUUUAUAUUCGCCGCCCGUUAGCGAUUCAAAUGCCCAGCCGGGCCGACAAUCGAACCAAUCUAGUGCCCUUGUGCUCUGCACUCAAUAACAAUUGUCAGUUGCAAUCGCAACAUUCAUUUUCAGCUGCAACACUUGUUGGCAGUAACAAGAAAUCGCAGUGUUGCCAGUUGCAAAAAACGUGCGACAGCAGCAACUUCUUUGUGCACGGCAGCAACAAGCGACUCAAACCCCAGUUAAAUAACAAAAUAAACGUAAUUAGAGCAGUGUCGUUCAUUAAAUAAAUCAUUUAUUAUAAGAAUACCGAUUUUAUCGAUGAAAUGAAUAUGCGACGUCGACCUAUUGCUCCCUCGCCGAAUAUUUACGCCACCAAUACCAAAAUCUGUCAUUUGGUGGAAAAACAUCCUUGUCUUUAUGAUCGUUCCGAUGAAAACUACAUGCGGAAAUCGACUGUGAAAAAUGCCUGGAAGGAUAUAUCCAAAGAGAUGCGAAAUUCGGUCAAAAGCUGCAAGGAACGCUGGCGGAACAUUCGCACGAGCUACGCCCGUUCCAUAAAGGUGCACCACGGUGCGAAUACUUAUUACCUUAACAGCGAGCUGCAGUUCCUGCAGAAGCACAUCACUCCCGGAGUUCCCGUUCCGCUAAGGGGUCGUCGCUCAAAGCCCAGGGGUCAGGAGGAAAUGGAGGAUGACGGGACACACGAGACGCCUGUGGAGGCUAUCCUCGAGAUGAAGCAGUCGCCGAGCAGUCCGGAAACGGAGCAUGCGCAGAGCCGCUACAGCAACGACUCGGAGUCUGAGGAGGAGUCCGAUGACGAGAAGGGUUCCUGGCAGGCACGGGUCAGGAAGCGGCUGCGAUUGUCCAAGGAGAGCAAGGAUUCAAAGACAUCCCAUGUUGAAGCAACGCCUGUCAUGGAUUUCGAUGACGCAUUUCUGCAGGGACUGCGCCCCGAAAUCAAGCACAUGGAUUUUCACCAGAAGCUGUACUUUAAGCGUCGUGUUUACGAGCUGCUUGGCGAGAUAUUUCAUUCCGAGGAGUCCGCCUCAUCCAGCCACCCAACGCAUCCGCAUCUGACGGAGAAGGUCAACGGGUCGCUAUCCGUAGCCUCGCCAUCACCAUCGUCCUCGGCUUCUCUGCAGCAUUUGGGGCUUACGUUGCAAUUGCCAAAGCUGAUAACGAAGCCAGCCAAAGAUGUAUAACUUCCGAGGCUGCAAUCGACUGAUUUCGAAUUUAUGUACAGUACAUAGGACAAAUAAUAUUUUAAGUUGUUUUUAAACAUGUUCAGAGAAUGUAUUAGUGAACUGCAUGGAGCA